UUUCUUGUAGGGAAGGGUGAGUACGCAGGAGGUUUUUGCAUUGUCCAAUUCGGAUUUAGUCCCUGGUAAAUAUGAAGGAGGAUUGAAACUAUGGGAGGGUUCGAUAGAUUUAAUCAAAGCCCUUAGCUCCGAUAUGCAAGAUGGGAAAUUGUCCUUCGGCGGAAAGCGAAUUCUAGAGCUUGGAUGUGGUCAUGGACUUCCUGGGAUCUUUGCUUGCCUAAAGGGUGCUGCCACAGUACAUUUUCAGGAUUUUAAUGCAGAGGUCCUGCAGCAUCUCACCAUUCCCAAUGUGAAAGCUAAUAUUCAAAAGAAGUUUCCGUACUUGACAGAUGUGAAUGAGUACAGCAGCAUUGAGGCAGAUACUCGCUUCUUUGCAGGUGACUGGGGUGAAGUCCAUUCCAUUCUCCCUUUUGUAUCUAGUGAUGAGAUAGCUGGUUAUGAUAUCAUUCUCAUGGCGGAGACAGUUUACUCAAUUUCUGCCCUCCCCAGUCUCUACGAACUGAUAAAGAAGUGUGGGAAUAGUCCUCAUGGAGUUGUGUACAUGGCAGCAAAAAAACAUUAUUUUGGGGUGGGAGGAGGAUCAAGGCGGUUUAUCUCUAUGGUAGAAGAAGACGGUGCUUUUGCCUCUUCUCUGGUUUCUGAGGUUGCUGACGGUUCCUCUAAUGUUCGAGAGGUGUGGAAGCUUAAUCUCAAGUGAUAUUCUGUCUACAUCAAAUUGUAUGCUGUGAUUUUCCUUCUAAUGAGGAGAUUUCAAAGAGGGAUAUCAAGCUUUGGAUAUUUCACAGUAUGAGUUCAUAUGCUUAUAUUAAUAUUUACCAUAUUAUCAUCAAGGAUGUAUGUUGGAAGUUUAUAUGUUGCAUUUUUGCAACAAUAUUUUACUUUAGUCACCAUUUAUGAUUACAAUAAGCACUUAGGGUCCGUUUGAUUGCAAA